AUGAAACCAGGAAUAGACAUCGAUUCCUUUCGUACAGAGCAUGAAUCAGACGAACAAUGGGAAUUUAGACGAGGCUUUAUGGAAGAACAUAAGGCGAACUUCGAAGAAGAUGAACUCGUGGUACUAGCACAACUGUUCACUAAUAUUGAGUUCUUAGGAUGUCGCUACCCACCAGAGACCAUGAAAAGAGUAGCCAAGCUUUCAGAAAAAGUUGCGGCAAAGUACCGGGAGAGUAGGAAGAAUAAACUAAAAAGGACUUUUGUGGAAGCCAGUGAUGCAGCCGAACAGAAGGCUAAAAGAACGUUUACUAACUAA